AUGAAGUCUCCCUUCCUUACACCACUAUCCAUCAUUUUGUUUCUCCAACAAAUCUCCUUCGCCGCAGUUUCCCAGAACGGCACACAAGUGAUUAAGAUCGCUUGCGCGCAGACCAAAGCGAUCGAUCUGUGCAUUUCCGUCAUAAAAUCCGAUCCCCGCAGCGCCGCCGGUGACGUGAGAGUCUUUAGCAUAAUCGUCCUCGAUAAGGCGUUGGGGGAAGCCGCCGACGGUCUGGACAAAAGAUGCCCGGAGGCAUACACGAAGGUCGUUGGGGACGCCGGAGAUGCCAUAGGGAAAUUGAAGAGCAAACAGCUUGUGCCUUCGGUUGAAGAUAGCAUAAAGAAUGCCAUUAACGAUGUUGCAGGUUGCCGUCACGGUGAUGAUUCUCUCCUCACCUUUCUUAAUAUUGCUAAAGAUGUUCUCAAAAUCAUUAAUUAA